AAUUAGCUGUUAGCUUUCCUACGUACUUGAUGCACGUUAAGUGCAUAGUUUGUAACCAUAUGAUUUACGGGUUCAAGUUAGCGUCCCAUCUUUUGCCUCAGAACGUAUUUCCCAAAUACCGAUCAUAUGUCACCGUGUGUAACAAUCUGCGCAAAAUUCCACGUGCAAGAAGAUCAGAUACCAUCACCGUCAGUGACGCAAUGGAAGACGUCAUAUGAUCGAUGUUCAAGGUACCCGUUUAUGGCCUAAUUAUGAGACAAUUAUCGUCCAAAGCGGUGUGGUGCUGCAGAUGUGCAAGAAGCCACAUAAUGUUACUACCCGGAGACGAAGACGGUACGUAAGGAGAGUUCGUUGAAAGCCUCGUGGCCUUCUAGGACUACACAUGCAUAACAUUACUGUUAAACAUUUAUCAUCCUGGUGCCGGUGUUUCGUUUUGCAAAUUACAUAACUCACAAUAUUAAUCAAACAUCACCCAACUGACACGUUGGGAUACGGUGAAAGCAAUUCGAUUACUAAAAUAUGGUUCACGCUCAAGUUGUGCUCUGCGUGAUCUCGGCAUAGAUUCUCCAACGUAGCUAAAAUCGAACACAGCAGCAAAAAAGGUAAAUGAAUCCCGACUAGUGCAGUACCAUUGGCUCCCUUCGAUUGCUAAGUACAGCCAACGCAAGAAAUAUACUUACAGUCAGGCGGGUUCGUUCCCACUCGUGUCAACCAAUCGCUGUCAUCGAUCCUGUUGCCUGCCGCUUGUUGGUGGUUGCAUGGCGGUGGUCAGUCGCGCGCGACACAACUGAUGGUGUGGUUUUACAGAGCGUACCCUUCAGAACUAAUAGCGAUUCCGUCGAGGCUAGUUGUGUGCAGAACGAUAGCGUACCAUUUUAUCAUUCGUGUGUUAUUCGUGCGAGGUGAUGGUGGUUUGGUAGACGUGACCGUUUGCUGCCCCUGUUGCAGAUGCAGCUGCAAUAGUAGUACGCUCAAGCAUUCUAGUGGAGCUUUGUGACAGCUUUAAUACGUACGAAGAAUGGACAAAUUGCACGAGUAUCAAGGUUUGACUGGACGGUGGCACGAGUGGCGUUCCAAUGCCCGCCAGUGGCACGAAGGAUGGCGCGAAAGACAUCCCGGCGGUGUACGUCAGUACCUGAAAGACACGGUACUGAUUGGUGGUGGUACGCACACAGCCGCACCGAUGGGAACGGAAGCUGAACACAGUGUCAGAACAGGAUGGAACGAGGGUGCAGUUGACUUCUCGCACAUCUAUCGUCGUAAAACACGUCUGGAGCUGAUACGCAUCUCUGCCGCCGUGAUGGGUAUCGAGUUUUCCUACGCCGCCGAGACGGCCUUUGUCUCACCGACGCUGCUCAAAAUCGGCGUUGAGCAUCAGCACAUGACGCUUGUCUGGUGUCUAUCACCGUUGGUAGGCUUCUUUUUAACGCCCGUGCUCGGUUCGCUGAGCGAUCGGUGUCGAAGUAAGUUUGGACGCCGGAGACCGUUCAUAAUGUUACUGUCGUUGGGCGUACUGCUCGGAUUGCUGCUCGUACCGAACGGUGAGGACGUCGGGUAUGCGAUGGGUGACUUUAACCCGUAUGCCAUCAACACUACACUGAAUGGGGGUAGUAGCGUUGGCAACAGUAGUGAUGACAGCACGAUCGCGGGCUACGUGUGGCAGGAACCCCCCGAUAAACCAAUGUCACAGCGCAGCUUGGAGCCAAUGUCGCAACGUACCGCAACCAUCAAGGCUGCUCUGGUACCGCCGGAUAUUCCGGCGCAAAGACCCCGCCAUCCGUGGGGUAUUUUCUUCACCAUACUCGGCACGGUACUGCUCGAUUUUGACGCGGAUGCCUGCCAAAGUCCGGCACGGGCAUUUCUGCUCGAUGUUACCGUGCCGGAGGAUCAUGCUCGCGGACUGUCCACCUUCACCAUCAUGGCGGGAUUGGGCGGAUUCAUGGGGUACUCGCUUGGCGGUAUCGACUGGGACAAUACCUCACUCGGGAUCGUGCUUGGCGGUCACGUGCGGGCCGUCUUUUCACUCAUCACGAUCAUCUUCAUCGUGUGCGUUCUCUGCACGGUGACGAGUUUCAGCGAAAUUCCACUCUGGAUUCUGGAGGAGGAGCUCGAACGGCAGGAUCCACCGAUGGAACUGAGAGCGAACAAUGCGGCAAGCGACGAACCCGUCACAUACGGUGCCACAUUACACGAACGACCAUCCGAUGGUGGUGCUACGCGCGGUGAUCAACAACACGGCGCUAGCUACGAUGAGCUUCCAGGGGAAAACUUCACCGAGACCAGCUUUAGCCGACACGAAACGUCCAAAGCAACGGGGAACGGAGACGCCACUGCCAGCGUGAAGCGUAUCAGUGAUGAAAAUGGCCGUGAUACACCGCACGACGAAGACAAACCAGCCGUUACGCUCAGCAUGUACCUGAUGUCGAUCAUCUACAUGCCGCACUCGUUGCGGAUGGUAUGUCUAACGAAUCUGUUCUGCUGGAUGGCACACGUGUGCUACUCGCUCUACUUUACCGACUUUGUCGGCGAAGCCGUGUUCGACGGAGAUCCCAAGGCAUUGGACGGUACCGAAAAGUAUCUGCUUUAUGAAGCUGGUGUGCGAUUUGGGUGCUGGGGUAUGGCGAUGUACUCCCUGUCAUGUGCCUGCUACUCACUGAUCAUCGAGCGGCUUAUUAAGCGUUUCCGCGCUAAGAGCGUUUACGUCGGCGGACUACUCUUCUACUGUCUGGGCAUGUCGUUGAUGGCAUUAUCGAAACACCGUGUGGGGGUGAUUGUAUUUAGCUGGACCGCAGGCGUCAUGUAUUCGACGCUCUUCACCAUGCCCUACCUGCUCGUUGCUCACUACCAUUCGGAAGGUGUGUUUGAAGUGAACGAAUGUGGGGAGGCAAAACAAAGCACCGGUGCCAUCCGAGGACUCGGUACGGAUGUGGCCAUCGUGAGCAGUAUGGUGUUUCUGGCCCAGUUUGUACUCUCCAUCUGUAUGGGUUCGAUCGUCGCCUGGACCGGUACGACCACGGCCGUAGUUACCAUUGCCGCCAUGUUAAGCUUCUGCGGGGCCCUUUCCGCUACACAAAUCAUGUAUUUGAAUUUGUAAGAUUUUACCAACACGGAAAAGUAUUCAGCUUGUAAGCCUACGCAUCCAUACACAAAUACCACACACGUUUAAUAGCAAACCUAGAUCUAUCACGGAAAUGUAGUUCUAUAUCGUGUAUUCAUAUUACCGCGUGAUGCGUUCGGAUCUCAUAAUACUAUUUGAAAAGAAAGCACAAGAAUGAAAACUGGAAACAGCAGUACGAACCGGACGAAUCAGUUGCAGUGGAAUGGCGGGAAACAUACAAAAGCACUUCCUGCUCUGUAGACGGUAAAAUGAAACCCUCGAACCGUUGCAAAGCGGUUAGCUUAAUUAUUAAUUCUAGCUAGUACUGGCAGGCGUUUCAUUAGCUAAAACAAAACAAGUAACUCUGCCUAAUAUAAUGUUUGUGUGUGAGUGUGUCAGUAUAGUAAACAUAAAUCCUAAACGAUAUGCUAAUUGAACGAUUCAUCGAUCGCAUAUUUAACUAUACAACAAUAUAUGUAUUAAAGAUGUUUUAGUUUAUUUGCAUCGGAAAAUAACGACGGCGAUGCUAAGAUACAAGUUUGUAGUGUAAUUACUGAUGAAUAAAUAUUAAUUCUAAAAGUUUGUGUGGAAUGUGUGCCAAACUUUAAACUGUA